CUAACCCAGUGCUGGCAGCAUCACUCCGGGAGCUACCGUCCCAGUUGGUGUUCCGGUUUAGAGUCGUGCUGUUGUUUUUUUACAGCAUUUGUGGAAUUGCUCACCGCCGAUCCACCUCCUCACACCCACGCACCAUGGUGAGAAUGCUAGUGCGAGUGAUUUAAUUACAGCAAAUAAACCCGAGCAGCGAAGAGGAUACAAAAAAAAGUCGAGUGGAGUGUGCGAACGAGGCAAACAGGAGCGAAAGAGUGCAAACUAAUGUGGGUGUGAGCGAAAACAACAACAACAAAAAAUAGUAAAAAGUGAGUGAGAGCGAACGUGUGUGAGUAGAAAAAAAGUGUGCGUGUGUGUGUGCGUGUGGCGAGCAAAACCGACAGGCAAAAAGGCUACGGUCGCGUGAGAGCGGUGAGAGUGUGAGUGUAAUAAAAUUAGUAGCCCUUACCAACAAGUGUGCUCCCGCGGGUGGUUUUGCAACAAACGCCAAAAAAGGGGCCAACAGAAAGCCACGGGAAAAAGAAAGAAAAUCUGCCCCAACAAAAAAGUGCUCGACCAAAGAAGGCAAACAAACAGGCAGCAGCAGUGGGAAAAUUAUUGAAACCCACUAACAAGUACAGUCCGCGGGAAGCCCCCGUUUGCCCGUUUCGACCGACCGGAUACGGAUCCGAUUCCUUCGAACGUAGCAAGCAUGAAGGACGGUUGGAAAUUACGAAACCAGCAGCAUCCGCCGACCGGAGUGACCCGCAGUGAGUGUGCGAGAGCGGGCUGAGUGAGACCGCCGAGACAUCCUUGGGAAGAUGUGUGUAGCCGCGCACCUUCGCGAAAAUUCUUCCCCUCCGCUGCUUGGGCUGGCGUAAAAAGAGCAGCAUCCACGCGCGGCUGGCAACGUGAUUGCGUGUGAAGGGCCAGCGAUCGAGAUGAUUCGAGUGACCGUGGUGAGCCUAGCGAACGACUGCUUUGUGCUGAAGGAAACAGGUAGCCCCAGCCUGUGAGUUUGAUCGUGUCAUCGCGAGUGAGUGAGUGUGUGUGUGGGUGCGCGUGUAUUUGUGCGUUUGAGUGUGCAAAUGUGCCCACUUUGUUGAGCAGCGCGCCACCGGACGCCGUAAGCAUUUUGCGUGAGGGCACGAGGUGAAGCAUAAAAGAGGGCGACUGCUGCUUACCUGCUGGGUGAAUGUGAGUGAGUGAGUUUGGGGGUUGUAGUGAGUGUGGCAGUGAGCGAGUGAGCCGUGAACGGGUGCGUGCGUAGUGCGAGUGAGCCUGUGCGAGAGGAUACAGUGAGACCGGAGCUGCUGGGAAUCGUGCGAAACGGCGUGAGCCGUGAUAGUGCCACCAACCACACUGCCCGCCCAGCUGGGACAGGGCAGCGCUAACCUUCCGAAUGGUCACCAAUGGCUGGGAAGUGUGGCGGUAAGCAACAUUUGCUGCAAAAGUAAACGUCGUUCCAUUGACAAUGCGUGAAUACAGUAUCGUCGGUCGUACAGUAACGCCAUCGAAACGAAUGUCCGCAGCGCAGCACCGAACCGACGUUGCCAUCAGUAGCACCGAAAGCCUGACCGAUCACUCGCUGCGAUCGUUCACUCCGGUCCGGUUCCACGGCAAGGCGGACGAGUAGUCUGGGCACUUCGCACACGCUCGCGAAACGCAUUCCGGACCCGCGGAAAGGGGGAAAAAAUGAAAACUGCCAUCACGAACAGCAUUGCCGUCGCCACCGCUGGAAGUGCAAAUACACGGUUGCACCGGAAGCGACUAUUUGCGAACGUCGUCGCCGUUGUUGUGAUUAAUCGCACCAAGUUGAAAAGUUGAAAGCGAACGCCGCCCGUACAUCAGCAGCGCGUGUGUGUGGACACACCGGUGUCGACAAGCAGCGUCGGCAACCAAUCUUCAAUCGCCGGGUGCACUGUCGCAACAACUGCAGCCAAAUUGCACUCCGUAAGAGAGCCGGUUGCGCUAUCGCUAGAAUCCUAUUGCAUUCUUCGAUCGACUUCCGUACGGCCAAGGAACACGGAUCCAUCGGGGUGAAGUGUGCAGCCGGUAUCGUGCAAACGAGUGCGCGUAGUAAACGAGAAUAAACGCAUAAAAAAAGGAUUGUAGAAGCACCACUAGAGCAUACUUUACUUCCUGCUUCAAGGCACUAUUUUCUAAUCGCUCAUUCUUGGUGCAGCUUUUCCAAUCAACACUCGUCUCAACUUCAAAAAGAUAUUUUCACUAAACGGGAUAAGGGGAGGUUGAGAGCGAGAGAAACCGCUUAAUUUAAAUUUGCACUCUUUGUGCCAAUCAGAGAAAGCUUUCAUCAUCAUCAGCACCCUUUGCCAAUGCACCACCGUACUUUCUGUCCCACUCCAGCGCAACAGCCCACCGGAAAGCGGGAAAUUGUGUGUGAAGCACAAAUCGAAAACCAGGAAGCUGCCGAAAACACAAGUGUUUGUGUGUGUGUUAGAGAGAGAAAGAGGCAGAGAGUUUGUGGAACGCAAGCAAUAGGCGGCUGCCGAUUUCCGGAAACGUU